AUGUCUCAACGCCAUUAUUUUUAUGUUCUUCAUUCAGGCAGAAUGAUCAUCUCGGCUUUUCUCUCUCUUACAACUUGUAAAUCUGUGUCUUAUUUCCAUUCCCCGACCCCUCUUUCCUUCUUUUUGCCAUUAUUUUUCUCUUUCCUUCUUUUUGCCAUCAUUUUUUCUCUUUCCUUCUUUUGCCUUCUUUUCUCUUUCCUUCUUUUCGCCAUCAUUUUUUCUCUUUCCUUCUUUUCUCCGUCAUUUUUUUCUCUUUCCUUCUUUUCUCCGUCAUUUUUUUCUCUUUCCUUCUUUUCUCCGUCAUUUUUUUCUCUUUCCUUCUUUUCUCCGUCAUUUUUUUCUCUUUCCUUCUUUUCUCAGUCAUUUUUUCUCUUUCCUUCUUUUCUAUGUUAUUCCAAAAUCGAUGACGAUUCAUCCAAAUUGGAAGACCUGGGGAUCGGGUCGGCGUUCCGUCCCAUGGCUGAAAUAUUCAGUUCUCAAAACCAAGUAGACUAA